GGGAAGAAGAGACAAACAAGUUUCGAAGAUGCUUCGUCUUUGAAACACCAAAUCAACACGCCUAAGCCAUCUUCACCCAAACCCACCGCACUGUCUGUUCUUUUCCCCCUUCCCGGAUCCCAAACCCUAAUCUCUCUUCAACUUCAAUUUUUUCAUCUGGGAAGAUCGCUUGACGAAUCGAGGAUCUCAUCGCUUCCGAGGCUCUAGAGUUUCAAUCGAUCGCAAUCAUGUUUAGCCGGGUGUUUGGUAAACCUAAACAGGAAACCAAUGCUGUUGCCACUUUGGACAAGUUAAACGAAACACUUGAAAUGCUGGAGAAAAAGGAGAAAGUGCUCCUUAAAAAGGUGUCAACAGAAGUUGAAAAGGCCAAAGAAUUCACUAGGGGGAAGAACAAAAGAGCGGCAAUACAAUGUCUGAAAAGGAAGAGGUUAUAUGAACAGCAAAUAGAGCAGCUUGGAAAUUUCCAGUUGCGUAUUCAUGAUCAGAUGAUAAUGCUGGAAGGUGCUAAAGCCACCACAGAAACGGUAGACGCUUUAAGAACUGGAGCAGCUGCUAUGAAGGCUAUGCAAAAAGCAACGAAUAUUGAUGAUGUUGACAAGACCAUGGACGAGAUCAAUGAACAGACUGAGAACAUGAAACAGAUUCAGGAUGCAUUGUCAGCUCCAAUUGGUGCAGCUGCUGAUUUUGACGAGGAUGAAUUGGAAGCGGAACUUGAAGAACUGGAGGGUGCUGAGUUGGAAGAACAGCUUCUUCAGCCAGCAACUACAGCUCCUGCAGCCCCAGUGCAGGUCCCAGCUGGUCGGCAACCUACUCGCCCAGUUACUGCAAAGCCCACUCCUGAAGAAGAUGAAUUGGCAGCAUUGCAGGCUGAGAUGGCACUUUGAGCAGAAUUUUGCAGGCAUUUUUGUGCAUGAUGACAAGUGGCUUCAAUGAAGAAUUGUAUCCACUAUUAUGUGGAGAGUUCUGUUUCUGUCCUGCUCGCUUAUCUGUGUGAAAUUAUUGAACAUACCAGAGGAUGUAUAUAAAAGGUGGAUAAAAAAUUGAACAUAGAAGUUCUACAAAACUUACUAUUAUCUUGGAUGAGUUCAAAUCCCCUUUUCCAUUAUAUUUAUCAUAUACCGAUGCAUUUGGUUAUUUUAUAUUGUGUGGUCCAGUUUAACAUUCAGUUAAUCGAUGUAUAUCUCAAACAUGCUACGGCAAAGUACAAGGAAUAAGUGUUGACUUGGCCUAUCAGCUAGAACACAGCCAUGGUUGUGAUUAAUAA